CUUGAAGAAUCUAGAAGCAUAUUAAACGGAAUAUUAUCAGAAGAUCAUCCAUGAAAUCGUGUCAAAUCUUCCAGUCUCGAUUUUCUACCAGUUUAGUUCUCUUAACCAACUAUAUAAUAGUACUACUAUAUUGGUACUUCUCCCACUACAAGAGAACUCCCCAACUACCCACAAAACGUGCUGCAUUUCUCCAAGACGGAUUAAGAAAUGGUGGGUGGGAAAUGGUGGUGCUUUAGUGAUCGGAGCUCCGGGGACGAUGUGGCUGAUCUUGACCCGAUACUUCUGGUGAGUGGCGUAGGUGGUACUAUUCUGAACUCGAAGCCAAAGAGUUGGUUUGGGCUCACCACCCGGGUUUGGGUCCGCAUCCUUCUUGCUGAUUUGGAGUUUCGAAAGAGAGUCUGGUCCCUUUACAAUCCCGACACUGGCUACACAGAAGCAUUGGAUGAUAGUUCUGAUAUUGUGGUUCCACAAGAUGAUUAUGGACUUUAUGCGAUUGAUAUUUUGGAUCCCUCAUUUUGGAUAAAAUGUUUACACAUGACGGAUGUGUACCAUUUUCAUGACAUGAUCGAUAUGCUUGUUAAGUGUGGAUACAAGAAAGGAACCACACUGUUUGGAUUUGGAUAUGACUUCCGACAAAGCAAUAGAAUUGACCAAGCGAUGGAUGGCCUCAAGGAAAAGCUGGAGACUGCAUAUAAAGCUGCGGGGGGUAGAAAGGUCAACCUUAUAUCACACUCGAUGGGUGGAUUGCUAGUGUCGUGUUUCAUAUCGCUCCAUUCUGAUGUAUUCUCCAAGUAUGUGAAAAAGUGGAUAACUAUCGCAACCCCUUUCCAAGGUGCACCCGGAUGCAUCAACGAUUCUUUGUUAACUGGAUUACAGUUUGUGGAAGGACUUGAAAGCUACUUCUUUGUGUCGAGGUGGUCUAUGCAUCAACUGUUGGUUGAAUGUCCUUCUAUUUAUGAGAUGCUACCUAAUCCUGAAUUCAAAUGGAAAAAACAACCUAAAAUUGUGGUUUGGAGAAACUAUUCAGAAAAUGGAGAAGAUUCGGUCAAACUGGAAUCAUAUGAUCCAUCUGGGAGUGUGGAGCUCUUUAUAGAAGCAUUGAAAGACAAUGAGCUAGAAUAUAACAAGAAGACUAUACCAUUACCGUUCAAUUCUUCUAUAUAUGCAUGGGCUUCUUCUACACGCGAUAUGCUCAACAACGUUCAGCUCCCCUUAGGGAUUGCUUUUUACAACAUCUACGGAACAUCAAUGGAGACACCGUUUGACGUGUGUUAUGGUUCAGAAACCGACCCAAUCAAAGACCCAUCUGAGAUAUGCCAUACAAUGCCUGAAUACUCAUAUGUGGAUGGAGAUGGAACAGUCCCUGCCGAGUCUGCAAUGGCGGAUGGAUUUGCUGCAAUAGAAAGGGCGGGAAUCCCUGGUGCUCACCGGGCACUACUAAGAGAUGAAACAGUAUUUCUAUACUUACGAAAGUGGUUGGGAAUUGAAGAACAGGCGAGCACACGUGUUAAGACCUCAAAAGUUGUCGAUGGUGAUUCAACUUGAAGUCUUUAUGUAUUUAUUGAAGGUGAUACUUGUAGUCAUGUAUCUUUUAGUGAUUCAUGAUGGUAAGAAGGCAAAGGGAUUGUUAAGUUAUUGAUAAAGCUGUGGUUUAUGUUAAGUAUUACGUCCAAAAUACGAGUUCACUUCAUGUUGAAACCAGUUGGUAAUGACUGGCUGAAUCUUUGGAGGCGUUUGGUUCAGCCAAAUUCAAAGGAAACGGAAUGAUCAAUUAUAUCAACUCAAUUUCUUUGACAGAUUUAGUUUGUGAAACGGAUGGAAUUGCCAAAUUCCUUUACCGAAAGGAAUUCGCAAUUCCUCCUGGUACACCAUGGGAUUUGAUUCCAUUUUUUUCAUUUUUAGUUAAUUGUUAAAUAUAGUAAAUUCGGGUUUU